UUUUGAUGUGUGAUUCUUUACAUUUAUUCAUGAAAGCGCGUAAUUCCAACAUAACCGAAGAAACGAUUAACCCCAAAUUACAUUUUACCUGUUUGCGAUUAUAUUUUACACGUUGGUUUCUUAAAAUGCAACAAUUGCUAUUGUUAUUUAUUAAUAUCUGAGGGAGGACGAAAUUGUUUUCUUUUCUGAGCUUAAUUGUAAAAAUUUUAUGUAAACUAAUGUGUACAUUUAUGUAGAAAAACAAUAUUAUUUGUUGAGGAUACAAGUCUUGAGAUAAAUGUUUAGAAAAUGAAGUGGUGUAUUUUAAUUGCUGCACUUGCAGCAUUAUGUGUGACUGCAUAUGCCGAAGAAGAGGAAGAAGCUGCUAGAUUAUUAGUAUCGAAACAAAUAUUAAACAAAUAUUUAGUAGAAAAUAUGGAUAUAGUUAUUAAGUAUACUAUUUACAAUACUGGCAACGUAGCUGCUCUGGAAGUUGAGAUCACAGAUAACUCAUUCCAUCCGGACCACUUUACACAUGUAAGCGGUGAAUUGAAUGCCCGGAUCGAUCGUGUACCACCUUAUACCAACGUGAGCCACACAGUGGUUGUAAGACCACGCAAGUACGGAUAUUUCAACUUUACCUCUGCUGAAGUUCUGUAUCGCCGAAAGGAAGAUGCUCCCAGACUACAAGUAGCCGUAAGCAGCGAGCCUGGCGAAGGACUAAUUGUUUCAUACAGGGAGUAUGACAAACAGUUUUCGUCUCAUGUGGUCGAUUGGGCCGCGUUUGCCGUGAUGACUCUACCUUCUUUACUCCUUCCAUUUGCGCUGUGGUAUUCGAGUAAACGCAAAUACGAGAAACUUUUGAAAACCACGAAAAAGCAUUAACUUGCUUUUUCUCUAAAUGUUAAAAUUUUUUUCAAGAAUUGUUAGCUUCACUUUAUACAUUUCCUAUGUCAUUGAGAAACAAAUGUUCAACUACGUACAUUUACUUUUGUAAUAAAUAUUAUUUAUGACAAUUA